AUGCCAACCGCAAAACAAACCAUUGAGUCCUCUCCUCAAUACCUCACUCUCACCUCCUUUACCAAUUUUCAAUCCACCGAACUCACAGCGUUGUCGUCUUUAACAUCUUCAAUAACCCCCACCACCCCAUCGACUACAAUAUCAACCUACCUCGAAACUCUCUGGAACUCCUUUCUUCUCCUCGUUUGCCAAACAGAAUGGUCUUCUUUAACUCAUACAAAACUCGCGAUUUUCGUCCAACGCCUACAAAACCAGCCUCCCCCACCUUCUCCUUUCGAUGAACAAAAUGAUAACACCCCGCUUCCCAAAUAUAACGACACAGAGUUCACCUGGUCCCAACUUCCAGAUCUGAACAUUUAUAUAAGAGACUGGUAUAACUUCUCACCUCCAUUUUCUCAAUCAUCGACACCACUACCCGGCCUCGUCUUCUCUAAAGACGAAUGGAUAAACUUAAACGCUUUCCUCGCAACCCUCACCAGAACUUCAUUAUCCGCAGAAAUUCCAAAAUCUCCAACAGAUUACUCCCUCUAUGCAAUCUGGUCUCUCCGCUGUCUCGAAGUUUCACCAGAAACACUUCAUACUCUUGAUCCGGCAGAUAUUCAGACAGCUGCUGUAUGGAUCGUUACCGCGAAAACUGAGAUUUAUAAAUUAUGUAAAGAAGGGAAGGAGUACGAGGGGAACCUAGCAAGAGGGGGGGAAGGUUUUAGUGAGAAAGGGUGGAAGGGAUUUAGUUUGGAGAGAUGGACUGUUUGGGAGGAUGCUUUCAAACGGCUCCUGGAGUUGGAGAACGAAAAAGAAGAUGUUGAGAUUGGUGUUAUUAGAUUGGUUAGGCAAGCCACAGUGGUUAUGAGAAUGGUCGGAGCGAGCAACCCUUAA